AUGCCAUCCGUUGCCACUGCUCCUUCAAACUCGGCGCUUACAGCCACUCCCUCGACAAUGCCGCUGACAUCGUCUCCCCGCUCCAUCCUUAAACCCUCUAAGUCCGCUGGCACAAAACGCAAGAUGGAGGAAGCUGAUCUCGAUAUUCCCUCUUCCCCUCCGGCCCCGGACGCGUCCAACGACGCUCACUCCAAGAAACGCCCCCGCGUUACCUUCGCUGAGACCAUUCAGAGCCACACCAUCCCGGGAAUCGAGAAAAGCGACAUCGUAGUUACUCGUGAAGAAGUCCGCAAGGCCAUCCACCGUCAUGUUUCGGCGGGAGACGAUGAAGCCUAUGAUCGAAUUAUUCACGUUUUCACCGCCGACCCGAAGAAAGCCGACGAGAACUCUUAUGAUCUGCCCACGCCUACCCAGUUGAAACAUCAUCUCAUGGCUAUGACCGCGCACGUCGCAUCGCUUGACCGCAACUGCAGCAGUCUAGUACUUGCCAUCUUAGAGAGUGAAUGGCUCGGGCGCGACAUGUUCUAUGUCAAAUUAUUCAUUCGUUUCCUGGGCAAUCUGACAGCUGCACAGGGCAGCUACAUUCCUGUUGUGUUCAAAAUGCUGGUUACCAAACUCGCUAAGAUCCCCCGUGGUAGUGGUCAACUCGUCAACUAUCACCGAGUGUCUCUUGAUGAGAUGUUCAGCCGGAUCCAUAUGGCACUGCGACAUAUCGUGCGCCUUCUCCCCGCUGGAAGCGGAACCCUGUCACGGAUCCUUUCUCAGCAAUUCCCGACCUAUAGCGACGCCAGCAUUUGCAACUCCUACGCUCGAAACCUCAUUCAAAUCAUCGGUUAUUCCCCGGAGCUACAAUCCGAUAUUCUCUCUAUGAUCACCGAAAACCUGGUGAAGAUUGACGUUGAGAUUCAAGUCGACCUUGAAGAUUUUGAGGAUGAACUCGGAGAGAGCUUGUUGCCUAGCACUUCGCCCGAAGAAGAUGUUGAGGACGAUGCUUCGGUUGCGAGUGAUGAGUCGGAUGCUGAUGAAGAAAGCGAACGUCUCUCGGCCGUCAAGGAAAAUAUCCAGAAAGUCGACGGGAUGAUCGAUAUUCUUUUUGAGUACUACACGCCUCCAUUCACCACUGGUAGCAUGGACGAGAAGGAGAAUGCCCUGGACCUCCUUUUGAGCCACUUCCAGACAAUCAUCCUUCCUACCUAUCGCUCUCGCCACACUCAAUUCCUCCUUUUCCAUUUCUCACAGGCCUCGCCAGUGCUGAUUGAUCGAUUCGCGUCGGCUUGCGUCCAGAUCAUCUUCAACAAACUCCAGCCUGGUGUUAUUCGUCAAUCCGCAGCAGCGUACCUAGCCAGCUUCGUCGCUCGCGGUGCUCAUAUCCCCGGCGAGGUUAUUCGCGAUGUCUUCGACCUGAUGCUUACGCACCUUGACAAUUUGCGUAAUGACUAUGAGGGUAAUUGCCGUGGCCCCGACCUACGCCGCUUUGGCCCAUUCUAUUCAACUGCACAGGCCGUUCUCUACAUUUUCUGCUUCCGCUGGCGUGAUCUGACCAUUGCCGCUAGCGAGGGAGAUAGUCCAGAGCAGGUGGAAGAAUUGGAGCCCAGCCAAAUGGCAUUCCCACCCAACGUCAAGGAAGUCCUCCACAAGUCCAUUUACUCCCGCCUCAACCCCUUGAAGGUGUGCUCGCCCGGGAUUGUCAACGAGUUUGCUCGUAUCGCCCACCAUUUCCAACUUCUUUACGUUUAUCCUCUGCUGGAGACGAACAAGCGUCUACGUAUCACUGCCUUUCGGAGCAUCUCCAGUCAGGUCGAACGUGACGUCCGUGCCGGUGAUCACCUGGGCUAUCAACUUGAUGCCUACUUCCCCUUUGAUCCAUACCAGCUUCCGCGCAGCCGACACUGGUUGGAUGGGGACUACAUUGAGUGGCGUGGCAUUCCUGGUCUCGAUGACGGUGACGACUCCGAUAGUGAGGCUGACGAGGAUGACAACGAGGACGAGGAGGAUAUUACCGCAACGGACGAUGACUGA